AUCAUUAGUCUUCAUUCUACUUUCGACGGUCUUUGUGUCAACAACGUGUUGCACGCUCUGCCACGCUCCCGCAUUACCGUUGUACGUUCAGUCGCGCGUCGCCUCCCAAAAGGUGGGUCGUUUAUCAAAGGACACCGAGCAGUGCUGCUACGUGUCGCGAGUGGUGUGUUGUCUGUGUGUCGUGCAACAAGUCGCAACUUUAAAUUAAAUUGCAACAAUUUAUUUCAAACAAAUAGCACAACAAAAGUGUGCUACAGUGUGUGGUGAGGUGUGUCUGUGUGUGUGUGUGUUUCUGUGCAAGAGUGCCACAUUUCGCGGCAAGCAAACAGUCAGCCCCACAAACAGAACAGAGAGACACAUUGCAUUAGUCAGCAGAUAGAUCGACGACGUGGUCCCUGUCCCUGAACGUGACGAGGCCUUUUCAACAGCAAGCCAAACGAAAGGAUAAGGAGCCAACCAUUUGAAGCGCCACCCAAAAAAAAAAAAAACGAAAUGUUGCCGCAUCAUCAGCGCCAUAAAAUGGCGGCCUCAGCGGCAGUUCUGCUGCUGCUGCUGCUCUGCUCCGAGGCGCGUUCCAGUGACAAGGAGGGACGCCGCAAUCGCAGUCGUCAGCAGGGCUCCGUGGCCUCAGCCUCAACCAGCACAAAUGGCGCCUACUAUGGCGUCGGUGGUGCCGCCUCCUCCUCGUCCUCGUUGACAGCCGCCCACUCUGGGGGUUCCGGCUAUGUCUUCACCAGCAGCUCUUCACUGCCGGGCGGCAGCACCGGCUACACUGGACCCAUGGACUCGACCGGUUUCUGCACACGCAGGCGGGACAUGAAGCUGAUGUGCUACUGCACACCCGACGAGAAUCAUGUGCCCGUGCAGAAGGCCGAGUGUUGGGUGUUCUCCGAGGGACUGCAUCAGAAUGACACCACCUGGACGCGCUUCUACCAGCAGAAGCGACUGCGGGAGCUCAAAUUUGUCAUACAAAAUAAUGCCCGACUGGACUACAUACCCACAAUGAUCAUUGAGCCGCUGAAGAACCUCAGCAGCAUUGUCAUUGAGUACUCCCAGGUGGAGAUUGUCAAGAGUUAUGCCUUUGCCAAUCUGCCCUUCCUCGAGCGGAUUAUCCUCAACAAUAAUCACAUCAUGGCACUCGAUCAGGAUGCCUUUGCCAAUCACAUACGCCUGCGGGAGCUCAAUCUGGAGCACAAUCAAAUCUUCGAGAUGGAUCGCUAUGCCUUCCGCAAUCUGCCGCUCUGCGAGCGACUCUUCCUGAACAACAACAACAUCAGCACGUUGCACGAGGGUCUCUUUGCGGACAUGGCACGUCUCACGUAUCUGAAUUUGGCGCACAAUCAAAUCAAUGUCCUUACCAGCGAAAUCUUUCGCGGUCUGGGCAACCUCAAUGUCCUCAAGCUGACGCGUAAUAAUUUAAAUUUUAUUGGCGACACGGUCUUUGCGGAGCUGUGGAGCUUGAGCGAACUGGAACUGGAUGAUAAUCGCAUUGAGAGAAUCUCGGAGCGUGCGCUGGAUGGCUUGAACACGUUGAAAACUUUGAAUUUGCGCAAUAAUUUGCUCAAGAAAAUCGACAAUGGUCUGCUGCGUGGCACUCCGGCGCUGCUGUCCAUCAAUGUGCAGGCAAACAAAUUGGAAACGUUGACAUUCUACACGUUUCAGCCAAUUAUGGACAAUUUGGUUAACAGCACCAGUGAGCUCUUGGUGUCAGACAACAAAUUCAUUUGCGACUGUCGUCUACAAUGGAUCUUUGAAUUGAGAAAUCGCACACGUCACCUGCAGCUGCGUGACUCGUUGGAUGAGUUGCACUGCUCGCUGCCGGACCCCAAACUGUCGCAUUUCGUGGACCCAGUGCCAUCGAAGAUUCUGGAUCUGUUGAACGUUGGCGGCUUCACGGCUAUUGGCAGCAAUAGCGCCAGCAUGGGCGGCAUUGGCAACAGCGUCGUGGGCAGCAGCUACAGCAGCUUGGAUGACCUGAGUGCUGGUGGCGCCUCCAGGAAGCACACGACGAGCAAGUCGCGGCAGGCACUGCGCGGACAGCGGCAGUUUGCGGCCGAGAAUGUGGUGGAGGGCAAGAUGCGACGCAAGCGGCAGCAGCAGGAGCUGGCCAAGCUGCAGCUGGCUGCUGUGGCGCCCACCCACAAGCGUUACGACUACUACGACGAUGUCAAUGGAGGACUGGGACAGGCCCUGGGCCACGAUCUCGAUGAUAAUCUGAAUCUGCACAAGCAGGGCUCCUUCUACAGUCCGGGCACGGCCACUGGCACGAAUCACAACGAUGUGGAGGUGCUGAUGGGUCCGCAUCAAUCGUCAGCCACUGGCGGCGCCGGGGACGAUGCCCUCGAUGUUUUGGCCAACAAGAACACGGUCAAUGUGAGACUCUUUCUGCUGAAGCCCGAGAUGCUGCCCUGCCACGAUGAGCUGAGUGAUCCCACCGAGCUGCCCCUGUCCCGCGAUCUCAUGGAUGUGCGCAGCAACGUGCAGGAUUCGCCGUUGAGCGGUGCCACGCGGCAGGAGCUACUCUCCGGACUGAUGCUGCUCCUCUGCCUGCUGCUGUCGAUCAGUCGAGGUUGAUUCGGCAAUGAAUGCCAAUGCUGCUCGUUGGAGAACGCUUCUGCUUCUGCAUCUGCAUCUGCAUCUGUAUUCAGCAUUCUGUUUGGUUAUUCAUUGUACAUACUCGAGAGACUUCAUCACAGCACAACAGCAGCGGCAGCGGCAGCGGCAGCAGCAGAGGGAGCGGCAAAACGGAGUGGAAACAUAAACGGAAACCCAUUGGAAACGAGCUUCAUGCAACACGAGCGAUCUAUGCCCAUAGAGAGCGCGAACACACACAAAAUGUCUUUGUAAAUAUUGUAAAAAAAAACACACACUGAAAUGAAAAUUCGAUUAUAAAAAGGGAAAAAUCUACUACUAUAAUCCUAGCUAAUGUUAGCUGUAAAUGUUACGACUAAACUCGACUACACUUUCGAUCCCUAAAGCAACAGAAAAACCCAUAGAACCCAAAGAGCAAAACCUUCUACGAUACCGAAAACUGAUUGAUUGAUUGAACCUCCGAGCAAACUGGCGUUUCAUUUAAAUAGAUACAAACUCAAAAACUAAAGAAAAUCUAACAAAAAACCACACAGAAAACCGAAAAGAUACGUUAGCCUACACUCUACUACAUAGUUUAUAGUUUAACAGAGAAUAUAGCCAUACAUUAUUUCGAUUACUACGGUAAAAAACCAAAAAAC